ACAUGACCACUUCCCGGAAGCGCAGCAGACCCGCUCAACUUCAUCCUGGCUUGAGGCGGAGGAGAACUCUCCGAAUUAUGGCGAAGUCUGGGCUGGGGCAGGAUCCGCAGAGCACAGCUGCAGCCACUGUGCUAAAGCGGGCGGUAGAACUAGAUUCGGAGUCGCGGUAUCCGCAGGCUCUGGUGUGUUACCAAGAGGGGAUUGAUCUGCUCCUGCAGGUUCUGAAAGGUGAGCAAUGAGCCAAGGCGGGGAGGACCUGAGGAAAAGGAGCUGGUUCCUGCUGUGUCUGGGGUGAAGUGAAUGAGUUAAAAAUGAUUCUUCCACACCAUGAAGAAGCAGUUAAAUACGGAAGGUACCAAAGAUAAUACUAAGAGAUGUAAUCUCAGAGAAAAAAUUUCCAAAUACAUGGACAGAGCAGAAAACAUAAAGAAGUACUUGGACCAAGAAAAAGAAGAUGGAAAAUAUCACAAGCAAAUUAAAAUAGAAGAGAAUGCAACAGGUUUCAGUUAUGAAUCACUUUUUCGUGAAUACCUUAAUGAGACAGUUACAGAAGUUUGGAUAGAAGAUCCUUAUAUUAGACAUACUCAUCAGCUCUAUAACUUUCUUCGAUUUUGUGAGAUGCUUAUUAAGAGACCAUGUAAAGUAAAAACUAUUCACCUUCUCACCUCUCUGGAUGAAGGCAUUGAGCAAGCGCAGCAAAGUAGAGGCCUGCAAGAAAUAGAAGAGUCACUCAGGAGUCAUGGAGUGCUGUUGGAAGUUCAGUACUCUUCUUCAAUACAUGACCGAGAAAUCAGGUUCAACAAUGGAUGGAUGAUUAAGAUUGGAAGGGGACUUGAUUAUUUUAAGAAACCACAGAGUCGUUUUUCCCUUGGAUAUUGUGAUUUUGAUUUAAGACCAUGUCAUGAAACAACAGUGGACAUUUUUCAUAAGAAGCAUACAAAAAAUAUAUGAUGGGCAGUAGCCUAAUUUGUAUUAUGUCUACUUUAAGUGAAUAUUGGAUUUUUUUUAAAAGAUCACUUUUAUAAUGUAUGAAUUUAACAAUAAACUUUUAUAUUUCUACUAA